GGUCGGGUUACUUUCUACGUUGUGGAAGUUUUGUUGUUUCACUCUUUGGAUCCAUGCUGCUUUUAAGAGCUGUAACACUCACCGUGAAGAUCUGCAGUUUCGCUUCUGAGAGCGAGAUGACGAACCCACCAGGAGGAAGAAGCUCCAGACAUGUCUGAAGGAACAAACUCCGGACACACCAUCUUUAAAAACUAACACUGUGAGGGUCUGCGGUUUCAUUCUUCAAGUCAGCGAGACCAAGAACCAACUAAUUCCAGACGCAAUAUGUUUUAAAGUGAAAAUUCCUGGACAAAUGCCAGGCCGAUUGGACAGAUAAACCAGGAGCAUCCCAGGCAAAAUGAGACUUGUGGUCCUCCUGUCUACUCCCUAUAGAAGGCAGCCUAACCACCUUACUCUGGCAUUAAGAUUAUUCUAAAUAAGUGACCUAGACUUCAUUUUCUUUUUCCUUUCCUGGCUUGUGUGCUCCAGUUUUAUUGUGACUUGUGGAAGUGAUGGUGAUGUGAGGAUUUGGGAAGACUUGGAUGAUGAUGAUCCUAAGUUCAUUAAUGUUGGAGAAAAGGCAUAUUCAUGUGCUUUGAAGAAUGGAAAAUUGGUCACUGCAGUUUCUAAUAAUACUAUUCAAGUCCACACAUUUCCUGAAGGCGUUCCAGAUGGUAUAUUGACUCGCUUCACUACAAAUGCAAACCAUGUGGUCUUUAAUGGGGAUGGUGCUAAAAUUGCUGCUGGAUCUAGUGAUUUUCUAGUCAAAAUUGUGGAUGUGAUGGAUAGCAGCCAACAGAAAACAUUUCGAGGACAUGAUGCCCCUGUUUUAAGUCUUUCCUUUGAUCCUAAGGACAUCUUUCUGGCAUCAGCUAGUUGUGAUGGAUCUGUCAGAGUGUGGCAAAUUUCAGAUCAGACAUGUGCUAUUAGUUGGCCACUGCUACAAAAAUGCAACGAUGUGAUAAAUGCAAAAUCAAUCUGCAGACUUGCUUGGCAGCCAAAAAGUGGGAAGUUACUGGCAAUUCCUGUGGAAAAAUCUGUUAAGCUAUAUAGAAGAGAAACUUGGAGUCAUCAAUUUGAUCUUUCAGAUAAUUUCAUCUCUCAGACCCUCAAUAUAGUAACCUGGUCUCCCUGUGGGCAAUAUUUAGCUGCAGGUAGUAUUAAUGGUCUAAUUAUAGUUUGGAAUGUGGAAACCAAAGACUGCAUGGAAAGGGUGAAACAUGAGAAAGGUUAUGCAAUUUGUGGUCUGGCAUGGCAUCCUACUUGUGGUCGAAUAUCAUAUACUGAUGCAGAAGGAAAUCUAGGGCUUCUAGAGAAUGUUUGUGACCCCAGUGGAAAGACAUCAAGCAGUAAGGUAUCUAGCAGAGUGGAAAAGGAUUACAAUGAUCUUUUUGAUGGUGAUGAUAUGAGUAAUACUGGUGAUUUUCUAAAUGACAAUGCAGUCGAGAUCCCUUCUUUUUCAAAAGGGAUUAUAAAUGAUGAUGAAGAUGAUGACCUCAUGAUGGCUUCAGGUCGUCUUAGACAACGAAGUCACAUCCUAGAAGAUGAUGAAAACUCAGUUGAUAUUUCAAUGCUAAAAACUGGUUCUAGUCUUCUCAAAGAGGAGGAGGAAGAUGGUCAGGAAGGCAGCAUUCACAAUCUACCACUUGUAACAUCCCAAAGGCCAUUUUAUGAUGGACCCAUGCCAACUCCCAGGCAAAAGCCAUUUCAGUCAGGUUCUACACCCUUGCAUCUCACUCACAGAUUCAUGGUGUGGAACUCUAUUGGAAUUAUUCGCUGCUAUAAUGAUGAGCAAGACAAUGCCAUAGAUGUGGAGUUCCAUGAUUCCUCCAUACACCAUGCAACACACUUAUCAAACACUUUGAAUUAUACAAUAGCAGAUCUUUCUCACGAAGCUAUUUUGUUGGCAUGUGAAAGCACUGAUGAACUAGCAAGCAAGCUUCACUGCCUGCACUUUAGUUCUUGGGAUUCAAGCAAAGAGUGGAUAAUAGACUUGCCUCAGAAUGAGGAUAUCGAAGCCAUAUGUCUCGGUCAAGGAUGGGCUGCUGCCGCAACUAGUGCCCUGCUUCUUCGAUUGUUUACUAUUGGAGGGGUUCAGAAAGAGGUAUUCAGCCUUGCUGGACCUGUGGUGUCAAUGGCAGGACAUGGAGAACAGCUUUUCAUUGUUUAUCACAGAGGUACAGGAUUUGAUGGGGAUCAGUGCCUUGGAGUUCAACUGCUAGAGCUGGGGAAAAAGAAAAAACAAAUUGUGCAUGGUGACCCUCUUCCUCUUACAAGGAAAUCCUACCUUGCAUGGAUUGGGUUUUCAGCUGAAGGUACCCCUUGUUACGUGGAUUCAGAAGGAAUUGUUCGAAUGCUUAACAGAGGACUUGGUAAUACAUGGACUCCUGUAUGUAAUACAAGAGAGCACUGCAAAGGAAAAUCUGAUCACUACUGGGUGGUUGGUAUCCAUGAAAAUCCCCAGCAACUAAGGUGCAUUCCUUGUAAAGGUUCUCGGUUUCCCCCAACCCUUCCACGCCCUGCCGUUGCUAUAUUAUCCUUUAAGCUUCCUUAUUGUCAGAUUGCAACAGAGAAAGGACAAAUGGAGGAGCAGUUUUGGCGUUCAGUUAUAUUUCACAACCACCUUGAUUAUUUAGCUAAAAAUGGUUAUGAAUACGAAGAGAGCACUAAAAAGCAAGCAACAAAAGAGCAACAGGAACUUUUAAUGAAAAUGCUUGCGCUUUCUUGUAAACUGGAGCGGGAAUUCCGUUGUGUGGAACUUGCUGAUCUAAUGACUCAAAAUGCUGUGAAUUUAGCCAUUAAAUAUGCUUCUCGCUCUCGGAAAUUAAUACUAGCUCAAAAACUUAGUGAACUGGCUGUAGAGAAGGCAGCUGAAUUGACAGCAACCCAGGUGGAAGAGGGAGAAGAAGAAGAAGAUUUCAGAAAAAAGCUGAAUGCUGGUUACAGCAAUACUGCUACAGAGUGGAGCCAACCAAGGUUCAGAAAUCAAGUUGAAGAAGAUGCCGAGGACAGUGGAGAAGCUGAUGAUGAAGAAAAACCAGAAAUACAUAAGCCUGGACAGAACUCAUUUUCCAAAAGUACAAAUUCCUCCGAUAUUUCAGCUAAGUCAGGUGCAGUUACCUUUAGCAGCCAAGGACGAGUAAAUCCCUUUAAGGUAUCAGCCAGUUCCAAAGAACCAGCCAUGUCAAUGAAUUCAGCACGUUCAACUAAUAUUUUAGACAAUAUGGGCAAAUCAUCCAAGAAAUCCACUGCACUUAAUCGAACUACAAAUAAUGAAAAGUCUCCCAUUAUAAAGCCUCUGAUUCCAAAGCCGAAGCCUAAGCAGGCAUCUGCAGCAUCCUAUUUCCAGAAAAGAAAUUCUCAAACUAAUAAAACUGAGGAAGUGAAAGAAGAAAAUCCUAAAAAUGUAUUAUCUGAAACCCCAGCUAUAUGUCCUCAAAACACUGAAAACCAAAGGCCAAAGACUGGGUUCCAGAUGUGGCUAGAAGAAAAUAGAAGUAACAUUUUGUCUGACAAUCCUGACUUUUCAGAUGAAGCAGACAUAAUAAAAGAAGGAAUGAUUCGGUUUAGAGUAUUGUCAACUGAAGAAAGAAAGGCAUGGGCUAACAAAGCCAAAGGAGAAAAGGCAAGUGAUGGAGCUGAAGCAAAGAAGCGAAACCGUGUGGUUGAUGAAAGCGAUGAAACAGAAAACCAGGAAGAAAAAACAAAAGAGAAUCUGAAUUUGCCUAAAAAGCAGAAACCUUUAGAUUUUUCUACAAAUCAGAAACUAUCAGCUUUUGCAUUUAAGCAGGAGUAAAGGAAGAAAGUGACCCUAGGAAAGUAAUGGAUUUUUUUUACUCAUCUUGGUUUGAAUAUAGACUUGAGUCUUUGGAAAACUCAUUAUAUAUUUUUUAAAGAGUUUGAAGCAACUGUUUGUCUUUAUAAGAUAAUGUAGUAAUUAUAUCGGUGUAGGUAACAGGGCAUAUGUAAAAACUAUCAUAUUUGCAGAUUACUCUGCCUCCAAAUGCAGGGCCUUUCAGAGAUGCAUUGUGAUUGUAAUUACUGAGUUGAAGCCACAACCAAUUUGAAUUUGUUUCUUACCUUGAAAAAUCAUUAAAGCCAAGGUAUUAAAACCUCUGUGCAUUGAUACCUUCUAGGGGUUUGGUUCAUUUGUUUUUUGUCGUGUACAAGGAAGGACAAUAGUCUUCUUCCCAAGUGUGUUAGCAUAGACUAUAUGUUUCUACUAGACCUAGGGGACCACGUCUUUUAAUAAUAUUGGCCCUAAACAUGUAAAUAAUCUUGUAGGUGAGACUUUUUUUCCCGGAAAUUUCUUCCUGUGUGGCUUUCAGUUGUCUGUUUGUAUAGCCUGGAUUUUUUUGAGAUAAAUGUAACUUUCUCAUUUGUAUAUUUGUCUUGAUAUGGUCUUAAUGUUUUCUUUCCAUGAAAUGUAUAUAUUUCUAGAAAAUAUAUCUUAUAUUUACUACCAUAAUUUCUGCCACCACCCUCAUCUUGCUCUGCAUUAUACACAGUAGAGAAGAACUGAAGACACUGCUGUGACAAUAUUGCAGUCCAAGGCAUCAUGUGCUCCUGGUGGGAUACUCUGGUUAUCAACAUCAACAGUACUUUCCUGAGCAAGUCUUUGAAGGCUUGAUAAGAGACCAAAGUUACGGAAAGUAUUUAACUCUUCUUUUAUAUCAAACAAACAAGGUUUCAUCAUUUCAUACAUUUUUGGUUAUUCUAAGCAGAGACUAAUACAAAUACAGCCACAUAAAGGCAGUGUACUGAGGGUGGGAGGGAAAGAAUCACAUAAAAUCAGCUGACUCAAAAUUGAGGGUAGUAAUAGGUUGAAAGGGAAAAAGUAUGUUGAAAAUUUAGACAUAAAGGAGCCAAGAAUAUUCCUUAUCCCAUGAUGAUUAAGGUUAGGAAGACACACAUUUUUGAUUUUUUAAUUAGUAGCUGAUAUCAGAGACAUGAUAGCACAGUGGUUGUGAGCACAGAUUCCAAAGCCAGACUACCUAGGUUCAAAGACCCACUUCUCUACCUACUACUAAUAGUUGGGUCAUGUUGGGCUGGUGACCCAAUUUCUAGCCUUUGUUCCCUCCUUGUUACCAGAAUUAAAUGAAAUGAAAGCACUUAGUUUCUGACACAUAGUAAUCUUUUAUAUAAAAGUUACUAUUCUGAUAAUGAGGAUGCUGUUAUUUCAUCUUGCUUUGUUAUUAGGUCUGAAUACUAUACAAACUAAUUUUGAUUUCAAGAUCUUAAGUAAAGGUUUGUUUAUAGUACAUUGGAAAGCAUGUUUGUAGACAUUUAUUUUGUUUUUGGUUUCUCAACUUGCUUUGUAUAUAGUUUAUAAUACCAGGUUGGUACAAAAGUAAAUGCAGUUUUGCCAUUUCGGUGGCAAAAACCGCGAUUACUUUUGUGCCAGCCUAAUGCUUAAGGUUAUAAUCUGUGUGUAUUUCAGAUUCAUAGCAACCUGAUAAUACCAAGAAUUUGCAAAAGGGUUUUUAAUUUCCUACUUUUAUUUGGCUGAAGGAAGGUUUUUGUGUUGACUCGGUUUAACUUACAAAUCGAACUUUGAAACCAAGAAACAUCCUUGUUUCUCUGCUAUAUAAUAGUAAACCUGUUUUUUUCCAGUGUUUUUUUUUUUUUUUUUUUUCAGAGAAUUGGGACUGAAUAGUAUGAAAGUGAAAAUGGAAAUAAAUUAAUAUAUUAAUCAUCGUAUCAAUAAUACUGCCUACUUGAGCUUAUUGUAUACUAUAGAAAAUUGACAUAAUCUUAAUUUUAUUCUCCAAAAGCAAAAACUCCUUGGAGGAGGUUACUUUACAGAUUUAUUUCGGAGAGCAAGUGAAUAGGCACUGGGGUUAUGUGCAACUCUGGGGACUGUGCUAUGAUCUGUAGCCUCCCAUGUCUGUUUAGCAGCCUGGAGUGAGUCACUGUCACUAACAUGGAACAGAUGCCAGGUAGUCCCUUUGGACAAAAGGAUGAGGCCCAUUCAUAUAGAAAGCAUCUUAAUCAGUGACUGUUGGUCUUAUGGGCCCUCUUUGUUUCCCAUCUGUUUUAUUAUUAGAAUAUAUAAUUUUCCCCCAGGUUUUCAUCUUGAAUCUCUCAAACCUACAGAAAAUUUGAAAUUUGACAGUAAACACCCGUAUAUCCUUCCUCUAGUUCGUCUUAUUGUUGACAUUUUUACCAUGUAUGUUUUAUAGACAGGAUUUUUUCUGAACCAUUUGAAAUAUGCAUAUACUUCAUCCCUCAGUACUCAGCACGUACCCUAAGAACAAAGAUUUUCUUCUGCAUAA